AUGACCAUCCAAAUGGGAGAGCCGGAGAACAAAACACCCACCUCUUCUUACUCAUUCUUCUUCUUUAUAUGCUGCGUUUUCCUUCCAAGUUUUACUUUCUCAGCCUCCAUUUCCACCCACUCAAUCAGCCCCGAUUUCACAGCCUCCAACUUCCAAUUCAUCGACACCAGUGGCGCUUUCUUACGCUCUCAAAAUGGUACUUUCAAAGCCACAAUUGAUGCCAUGCCACCCUCCUCAAAAUAUUAUUUCUCUAUCGUCCACAGUGCCACCAACAUCAUAAUCUGGUCAGCGAACCGCAACAGACCCAUGUCAAGCUCUGACCAGUUGUCACUAACUGUCAAUGGCCUCACAGUCACAACUCAAACUGGUCAAUCACUCUGGUCAACCCCUCAAUUCAAUUGUGAUAUUUCUGCUAUGCAGCUUUCAGAGACAGGAAAUCUCGUUUUAGUUGAUGCAGGAAACAAUACGUUGUGGGAGAGUUUUGAUCAUCCGACGGACACUAUUGUCAUGGGACGGAGAAUUCCUAUUGGAAAAUCAUUGCAAAGCGCUGUGUCAUACGAUGACAUGUCGGUAGGUGAUUAUCGACUUGAAGUUACUGACAGGGAUAUGGUGCUGCAAUGGAAUAAGAUGAAUUAUUGGAAAUUGUCCAUGGAUCCAGAGGCUGUCAGGAACUCUAACAAGGCCGUAUCGUUGAUGGUGAUGAAUGGUACAGGUUUGUAUUUGCUAGCAAGUGAUAAUUCCACGGUUGUUCAAGUAGCUUUGAAUGGUUCAUCAAGUUUUAGGAGAGAUAAGUUGGGUGCCUAUGGCAGAUUUAGCAUCGUCAGACCUCGGAGCAGCGAUAAAUGGGAGUCAGAAGUUGCAGGACCAUUUGAGGAUUGUGAUCUUCCUCUCUAUUGCAAUUUUGGAUUGUGCAGAAGAAACCCUCUGGAUGGAAUUUGUUCUUGUUUACCAGAAUUCAGUUAUCAAACCAAUGGUGAUUGCAUGCCAGUGAAUGGUUUGCUUUCUCUGCCUUCAGCUUGUACUGCAGCUAGAAAUGACAGUCAAUUGAAUUCCUCUGUUUCCUAUCUAAAAUUCGGCCCUGGUAUGGACUAUUUUGCUAAUAAUUUCAGGGAACCCGAUAAAAAUAAUGUAACGUUGUCGGUUUGCCAAGAUUUAUGCUCUCAAAGUUGUUCUUGUUUGGGCUUUUCCAUUGAAACUCUGCUGGUUCUUGUUAUCUUCUUGAAAAUCAUUUAG